UGUGCUGAUUCUGUCAUCUGGCAUAUUAGCCAAUUUGUGUCAUCUGCAAAUUGAUAAGCAUACUUUUUUCAUCCUUAAUUAAUAAAAAUAUUGAAUGGGGAUAAGGAUAGAGGUCUUCCACAGAAGUAUUAUUUUGUUCUGUUAAUUAUCAUUCUUUUAGUAUAGCCAUUCAGAGUCAUAAAUAUCUACCUAAAGUACCACCUGUCAGCCAACCCACAUUUCUCCAUCUGUUCCAUAGGAUAUCUUGAGAAGCUUUACCUGAAGUUUUGUUGAAGUGUUCAGAAAAUAUUCCUAAUUGGUAGUGACUCCAUUAAACAAAUGUAUAGGAAUCAAUGGGAAAAACAUAUUCACUCCUCAGAUACAGCUUUCCCUGCCACUUUGCACCUAUAUAUUAGUUUUUGCCCUAUCAUCACCAGAUCAAGGAGGAGGGUUAAACAGUUUAAGAUGAGAAAAGUUGAUCUCUGUUUGAGCUCUGAAGGGACUGAAGUGAUUUUAGCUACAUCGAGUGAUGAAAAACACCCCCCUGAAAAUAUAAUUGAUGGGAACCCAGAAACAUUUUGGACCACCACAGGAAUGUUUCCCCAAGAGUUCAUUAUUUGUUUUCACAAACGUGUAAGAAUUGAAAGGCUUGUAAUCCAAAGUUGCUUUGUACGGACCUUGCAAAUUGAAAAGAGCACAUCUAAGGAGCCAGACAGUUUUGAGCAGUGGAUUGAAAGAGAUCUAGUACACACAGAGGGGCAGCUUCAAAAUGAAGAAAUUAUGGUACAAAAAUCUUAUUCUUCAAAGCCUAGUUCCAAAGCCUCCUCCUCUAGGAAAUCCUCCAAGCCCUGCAGGCAAAGUUAGCUCUACAGCCUCCUCCAUCUCACAGAACUGUAAGCAUUUGUAUAUUAUGUCCAUCUAUUCUGUAGAACCG